GUAGUUUUGCAGAAUCAAGAGUAUUCCUAUUUUUAGCAUUAUAGUUCUUUCCUUUGCAACGGAAGCCUGAGUAGAAAAUAAUUUCCAGAGCUAAGUGGCAUGAUGAGGACUGUGCAGACCCAGUGCAGGUCCUUUGGAUGGAUCUUGGCUUGUGAAGAGCCAUGUUGAGAAGUGCUCUUGUGGCCACACUAGUCACAGUGUUCCAUGACACCAACUGCACUUCUGGGUGCUAUUGCUCAGGCUUUGCUUCUGCCUCCAGUGGCUUUUCCACUUUCCUUACUUUCUCAUCUACCAACCAGGAAGAUCCUAACUCAAGUUACCUCUUCUCUGAAGGCUUUUCCAUGCCUCCAAAGGAGCUGUCACUUCCUGCCUCUGCUUGCUUUAUGAAUACUGUUCUUACCAUUCUCAUUCAUUCAACAUACAUUUGGAUGCUAGAGUGAUCACAUCAUCUCAUAAUCAGAUUCUGUGUCAGUCAUUAGGCAGGAUGCUGACCUUGCAUAGGAAGAACAUUUCUGAAUUUUCUUUGUACUCCCAGAGCUUAGUGCAGAGAUAAGUGCAGAGUAGACAAUCCAUAUAUGUUGGCUAAUUGUGAACUAAGAAAUUGAAAAUGAAGAUCAGAGUGUCAUGGACCAUGAGAAUCACAUUAGAAGACUACAGAGGAUUCUGAUGAGAGGAACAGGAAGGAAAAGGAGAAGAAGAAAUGUAAAUCUACUGUAAAUCUCCAAAAGCACAUGGACUUUGGAGUCAAAGAACAAAUUGUUCCAUUGUUCUGGCAGAAGGUGCCAGCACCCAUUUUCCAGUAGAUGUGGGCACCAGGAUCCUUUGUCUCCAGUGCAUUUCCCAUUUGCUAUCACAUCCUAAUCUGUGGAUUCCAUCAGCAAAGUCACUAAUCACUUCUUGAGUUGACUACAGAGUGGAUAUUAAAGGCCAUAAUUCUUGCCAGGAGGAAAAACAAACAGAAUCCAUAGAUGUGUAGGGGCACAGGUUGGUACAAGGCUAAGAAGACCACGUGCCUACAGGUGAAAAGUGCAGGGAGAUCAGAGUAUAAAAGAGAGACCCAGUCUCACUCUGUGUGUCCUACACAUUGGGUUUGCCGCUGUGUCUUGUUGUGUGUGUGUGGGCCACCAAAAUCAGCACCAUGAAGAUCCUGGUCUUGGUCUUGAUUUGUCUACACCUCUCAGAGGGUGUGGAAAGAAUCAUUCUGAAGAAAGGCAAGUCCAUGCGCCAGGUGAUGAAAGAGCGGGGUGUACUAGACACAUUCCUGAAGAACCACCCAAAGGUCGACCCAGGUGCCAAGUAUCUUUACAAUAAUGAUGCUGUUGCUUAUGAGCCCUUCACCAAUUACCUGAAUUCUUAUUACUUUGGAGAGAUCAGCAUUGGGACACCACCACAAAAUUUCCUGGUCCUCUUUGACACAGGCUCCUCCAACUUGUGGGUGCCCUCUACCUACUGCAAGAGCCAGGCCUGCUCCAAUCACAACACGUUCGAUCCUAGCAGUUCCUCUACCUACAGAAACAAUGGGCAAAUUUAUACACUGUGUUAUGGAAGUGGCAGCCUGACUGUGCUCCUGGGAUAUGACACUGUGAAUGUUCAGAACAUCGUCAUCAAGAACCAGCUAUUUGGUCUGAGUGAGGUUGAACCCAGCAACCCUUUCUAUUAUGCAAACUUUGAUGGUAUCCUUGGAAUGGCCUACCCCAACCUGGCAGUGGGGAGUAGCCCAACAGUCAUGGAGAGCAUGCUUCAGCAAGGCCAGCUCACCCAGCCCAUCUUCAGCUUCUACUUCUCUCGCCAACCAACCUAUGAGUAUGGUGGAGAGCUCAUCCUGGGAGGUUCAAACUCCCAAUUUUAUUCUGGUGAGAUCGUCUGGGCUCCAGUCACUCGGGAAAUGUACUGGCAGGUUGCCAUUGAUGAGUUUCUCGUUGGUAACCAAGCCACUGGCUUGUGCUCCCAGGGCUGCCAGGCCAUUGUGGACACAGGGACCUAUGUGCUAGCUGUUCCCCAGCAGUUCAUAGGCUCCUUCCUGAAGGAAACUGGAGCUCAGGAGGCUCAGAAUGGUGAUUUUGUGGUCGACUGCAACUCCAUACAGAAAUUCCCCACCAUUACCUUCGUCAUCAGCGGGUCUCCAUUACCUCUGCCUCCCUCUGCCUAUGUCCUCAACAACAAUGGCUACUGCACCCUUGGGAUUGAGGCCACUUAUCUGCCCUCCCCCACUGGGCAGCCCCUGUGGACUCUGGGAGAUGUCUUCCUCAAGGAAUAUUACACUAUCUACGACAUGGAGAACAACAGGAUGGGUUUUGCCCUCUCUAAGUAGAACAGCAAGAGGCAGCUGUCUCCUCCUUCCCAGCAAGACUCUGGGAUUGCCCUGUUGGUUCUCUGGGCUGACAGCAGCAUUUUAGACUAGUCUGAUCCCUCUGUGUACUAGAAUCUUACUUCCUGCAACUAAUAAAUCAAGAAUC